AGCACAAGAUGCUUAGAUUAUGGGGAGUUCGAUUAAACAUCCUUGUGUCUGAACAUGUUCCACCACCAGGGCAUCCACGCUUCUUCAACCAGCUCUCAUCUGGCCUCGACAUCAUUGGCCUGGCAGGGGAAUGGUUGACCUCAACCGCCAACACUAAUAUGUUUACCUACGAAGUGUCACCUGUGUUCAUUCUUAUGGAAGAGGUUCUUCUGAGGAAGAUGAUGAGCAUGAUCGGAUGGUCUGAGGAGGAAGGGGAUGGGAUCUUCUGUCCAGGCGGCAGUAUGUCCAAUCUGAAUAGUGUGCUUUUGGCUAGAUACCAUUUUUUCCCUGAGGUGAAGAAAAAUGGAAUGGCAGCUCUCCCCAAACUGGCAAUGUUAACCUCCUCACAUAGCCAUUACUCCAUCCAGAAAUCUGCCGCUAUCCUGGGGAUAGGCACUGGAAACGUGCUGCUGGUGAAGUGUGAUGAGAGGGGGAAGAUGAUCCCAGCAGAACUAGAGUCAAGCAUCAUCACAGCCAAAGCCAAGGGUCUUGUGCCCUUCUAUGUCAACGCCACAGCAGGAACCACCGUUUAUGGUGCAUUCGACCCUCUCAACGACAUUGCCGACAUUUGUGAGCGGCAUGGACUGUGGAUGCAUGUUGAUGCUGCUUGGGGAGGUGGCUUGCUGAUGUCCAAGAGACACUGUGCCAAACUGAAUGGGAUUGACAGGGCAUCCUCCGUUACCUGGAAUCCUCACAAAAUGAUGGGAGUUCCACUUCAGUGCUCCGCCAUUUUGGUGCGCAGAAAGGGCAUCUUGCAAGAAUGCAAUCAGCUAAGAGCAGCAUACCUGUUCCAGCCUGACAAGCACUACGAUGUUUCCUAUGACACUGGAGAUAAGACACUGCAGUGUGGAAGACACGUGGAUGUCUUCAAGUUCUGGCUCAUGUGGAAGGCAAAGGGCUCAGAGGGAUUUGAGUCACAGAUCAACAGAUGUUUGGAUAAUGCUGAAUAUCUGUAUGACAAGCUAGAGGGCAGAGCUGACUUUCAGCUGGUCUUCAAAAGCAAACCGGAGCACAGUAACGUCUGCUUCUGGUACCUUCCACACAGCGUGAGAAAUCUGCCUGCGGGGCUGGAGAGGAACAACAAGCUACACGUGGUGGCACCAAAAAUCAAGGGCAAGAUGAUGGAGAAGGGACAGACCAUGAUUGGGUACCAGCCUCUGGGAGACAACGUCAAUUUCUUCCGGUGUGUCUUCUCAAAUCCAGCCACUCAGAGAGAAGAUGUAGACUUCCUUCUGGAUGAAAUUGCACAUCUAGGCUCUGACCUCUAACUUCAUAUAUAUAUAUAUAUAUACAUAUAUAUAUAUUUAUAUAAUAUUUUUUGUA